AUGGCUUUGGCUACUUUUGGCCACAAUGAGACUCAUCAAGAAGCAAUGAAGCGGUUUCAAGCAUACUUGGAUGAUAGCAGUACUUCACUUCUUCCAGUUGACAGUAGAAAGGCUGCUUACAUUACUGUGAUGAGUAAUACCAGUUCUAUCAAUAGAAGUGGGUUUGAAUCCCUACUAAAGGUAUAUAGAGAAGCUGAUGCAGUGCAAGAGAAGACCAGGAUUCUGCGUUGCAUGGCAUUUGGUCCAGACCCAGAUAUAGUUUUGGAGGUUCUGAAUUUCCUGUUGUCUGAUGAGGUUCGUGAUCAAGAUUUUAUAUAUGUGCUUUUUGGGAUAAGCUUGGAAGGCCGUGAAACCGCAUGGUUAUGGCUAAAGGAGAACUGGGAUCUGAUCCUACAAAAAUGGGGCGCAGGGAUGCUGCUCGCCCAUUUUGUUAGAGACAUUGUCACACCAUUUUGCAGCCAUGAAAUGGCCGACGAAGUGGGAGCUUUUUUCACAAGCCGAGCGAGUCCUGCAAUUGCUAUGAAUUUGAAACAAAGCAUUGAGCAAGUCAGAAUCAAAGCGAGGUGA